UGCGGCCCGGCUGCGGCAGCGCAGCGGAGCGGAGCGGUGCGGAUUUGAAGCUCGGCCCGGUCCGGCCGCUCUCUGUCCCUUCCCAGCCAUGGCGCUGCUCCGCGCCGCCGCGCUGCCCGCCGACGGCCCCCCGGCUUGGCUGCCCACCCACGUGCAGGUGACGGUGGUCCGGGCCCGGGGGCUGCGCUGUAAGGGCGGCGGCGGCGGUGGGGGCAAAGCGGGCAGCAGCGACGCGUAUACCAUCAUCCAGCUGGGCCGAGAGAAGUACUGCACUUCGGUGGCCGAGAAAAGCGGCGGCUGCCCCGAAUGGAAGGAGGAAUGCGCCUUCGAGCUGCCGCCCACCGAGCCCGGGGCUGAGGCCGCGUUGCUGCUCACCGUUAUGCACCGCGCCCUGGUGGGCAUGGACCGCUUUCUGGGCAUGGCCCGGGUACCGCUGCGGGCUGCGGGGCUGCAGGGCAGGGCGGCCGAGGAGAGGUGGCACAAGCUGCACUCCAAGCCCGGCAAGAAGGAGAAGGAACGUGGUGAGAUCCAGGUGAGCAUCCAGUUCACACGCAACAACCUCACGGCCAGCAUGUUCGACCUGUCCAUGAAGGACAAACCGCGGUCACCCUUCGGCAAGCUGAAGGACAAGAUGAAGGGCAAGAAGAAGUACGACCUGGAGUCGGCCUCUGCCAUCAUCCCCAGCAGCGUGGGCGCGCUCGACAUGGAGGACGAUUACGACGUUGGCGGCAAGAAGUCCAAAGUGAAGGGCUUCUUCCUGAAGAACAAGCUGCGCAAGUCGUCCCUAACACAGUCCAACACCUCGCUGGGAUCCGACAGCACCGUCUCAUCAGCCAGCCUGGGCAUGGCCACCAGCGGCCCUGAGGUAACCAGGUCCCCCAGCAGACACAGCAGUCUGUCCACGGAGCGCUCCGUGAAGGAUUUUUUACCUUCUCCGAAGCUGACCCACAAGAGAGCAUUCAGUGACGACGUCUCCCAGGUCAGCCCUGUCCUGGAGCCAAAAGCAAUCCACAGCCUGAAGCCAAAGACAGAUCCCGUGUCCCGCUCCUCCCUCUGCAUCAAUGGGAGCCACGUGUACAGUGAUGAGCCCACCCUGAGGAGCCCCGUGCCCACCCCGCAGGGCUCCACUCCGCUGCCUGUCCCCAAAAGGCCAGAGGAGGGUUUUGGCUUCAUCCCGAUCCACGCUGACCCCCACGAGGUGCCCUGGGGGGCCGGCAGCUUGGAGAGGACGCAGCAAAGGGACGAGAUGAGAUUCAUCCCCUCUCCUCCCAGCUUGGUUUUGCAGGAAGAGCUCAAGGUGUCCACCAAAGCCGUGACCCUCAGCAACCACCUGGGCAGAGCCAGGAUGGAAGAAAACAGCCGCCUGGAGAACAAGCCGACCCAGGUGGCAACACCCAUGGUCUUCUCUGCAGAGGUGAUGAAGGAGAAGCAACCCGAGGAAAUGAGGAAAGAAGAGAAGAAAACAAAGGGCGGGCUGUUCCACAAGAGUGAUGCGGGGAGCAGGGGCCAGGGGGAGAAAACCGGAGCCUCGCACGGCCCUGCAGCAGUGGGAGAUGACAGGAGCAAGGCUGGAGGCUGGUUUGGUUCCAAGGAGCCCAAAGACUCCCCCCAGAAACCCAGUUUCCCGUCUGAGCCGCAUGCUUCAACAGAGGUCGCUGGGAGCUUGUGUUCCUCUGAGGAUUGCAGUCCCUCUGCCUCCCUAAGACUUAAAGAUCCGGAGGGAGAAUCUCCAGCCAAAAGCGUUGGUGUCCCCGUGCCCGAAACCACUCCUCCGUCCCAUACAGACCCUCCUCCUCCAGAUGAGGAACCCACCGCCUCUCCUCCUCCCCUCUCAGAGUGGGAUGAGACCUUCGAUGCCUUUGCCACCAGCAGGCUCAGACCAGACCCGAAGAAGGAGGACUUCUUUGCUUCGGUGGCAGCGGAGGGCAUGGCUUUCAUCGACGAUCCCGAUGCCGCCAGCCCCACGGAACGGUCAGCUGAACCAGAUCCCGAGGAGGGGACAAAGGGCUUUGAAAAGGCCGAGCCGCAAAUCAGCAGCGAAAUGCCCCCAGCGCUGCGGUCUUGGACGAAUUUCUCUGGUUUGGAUGUUGGGGCAAACCUGGUGAGCACAACCCAGGAAGCGACUGUGAUAGAGGAUGUGCUGAGCCCCGUGUCCGCAGGGUCGGCGGCGAGGAGGAGGAAGAGCAGCACACCGAUGGUUUGGGCCGCCUCGCUGUCGUCUGGGAAUCCAGGGGAAAAGGAGGCUUCCACCCUGCUGGGUGCUGAUAAUUGUGCUGGGGAGGAACGGGACAGUAAUGAGGAGGAAACCUCGAGUGUAGGGGAGAAUGGCUGGAUGACCAUUGCCACCGAAACUGCGCCCGAUCCUUCUGAGAGCACCCAGAGCAUUGGCCAGGGCAGCGUGUUUGGGCAGCGGCCCUUCCACGGCGAGGGCACCUUUGAAACAAAAAGUACUCCUCAUGUCCUUCCCCGAAGCACCUUCAGCUCUGAAAACACAGCAGAAACAAUAUCGGGCAGCAAUGUGGCUGCUGUACCCCCACGGGUAGUGCAGGACAUGGCAGCAGGGUGCUUCCCCGUGGCUCCGGGCGUGGGGAAGGAGCUGCAGGAUGAUGGCGGGGAGAUGUUUGACAUCAGGAGCUCGGUGUACCGGCUGCAGGCCAGCAUGCGGCUGGAAGCUGGCGAGGGCCAUGUGAAGAUGGGCUCUGAUGCUGUCCUCACAAUGUGGACGGGUGUGCGAGGGAAGGAGGAGGUCAUGCCACCUCCCAAACCUCCGCGGUGGUUUGCGGCCGUGUGUGGCAGAGGGGAGGAUGAGAACAAUGCUAGUGACACAACGGCAAGGCAGCGAGGUGGGGAGGAGCAGCAGGAAGGUGAGGAGGGCCUGGAGCAACCACGGAGCCAUCCGAGCAGUGACACGGCUGUCCCUGCACCUCACACGGCUGUGCGUGAGGAUGCUGCUGACGUGGAGGCCGGAGGGGACGCUUCUUUGGGAGAAGAGCCACCGGAGAUGAAUGGGACAGAUGGGGCUGAACACUUUGAGACCUGCCCCUCCAGGUUCUCCGUAGACGAGCUCACCCCAUCGGGUGCUGCAGGGAGCUGGAGUCAGCCGGCUUUGUCUCCUGUGUCACAGCUCAGCCUCAGCGCAGAGCCAUCAAUAGCCCCAGAGCAGGAGGAAUGCCCUGAGGAGCUUGGUGUGUCGCCCAGGCCGGACUCAGGCCAACCCGAGACCUUCUGGACGGCACUGGAGGAGCAGGAGGCAUUGGGCCGCCCGCACAGCCAUGCUGCAGCCCAGCCCUGCCCUUUGCCGCAGUCCGGUGACACACAAGCUUCAGCACUCGUGGUUUUGCCCAGGGAGACACAGCCAGCUGAGAAGCCCUUUUUCCAGCAGACGACCAGUCCUCACCCGGUGAAACCCAUCAGUGCUGCAGUGCAGGAGGUCUCCAGUGAGAAGAAGCAGCAGAACAAAUCCAGCCUGACCACAGCGCUGAGCAAUGGCCUGGAGAAGCUGAAAACAGUCACCACGGGCAGCGUUCAGCCUGUGGCCCCCUCGUCACACCUGGAGAAAACAGACCCAAAGAAGGUAAAGGAUCCCAACGUGUUGGACCAAUCAGCCAAGUAUUAUCAUUUGACCCACGAUGAACUCAUCCAGCUCCUACUGCAGAGAGAGAAGGAGCUGAGUAAGAAGGAGGAGCACAUCCAGGAACUGGAGAACUACAUUGACCAGCUGCUGGUGCGCAUCAUGGAGCAGUCUCCCACGCUCCUCCAGAUCCCGCUGGGGGAAGCCAAGACCAAGUAACCUCCAGGCAGAGACCAGCAUCACUUGCCUAAAGCACUUCCAGUAAACACGCUGCAAACAUCCCUGCACUCCCCCCUCCUCUUAAAGAGGGCUUCUCCAGUGGCUUCUGUUCGCAGAGAUAAGCAGGAAUGGUUAUCUGCUCCUUCCCAACCUAAGCUUAUUCCAGCUCUGGCUCCAGGGAACUGUAGGGUGGUGGGCUGUCAUCCACCCUAUGGGGAGGAGCAGAGCCUUCCUCAGGAAGCAGAUGCUUCCUGAGGUUCCUGUCAUAACCAAGUAGCAUCUUCUCAGGCACUCAUCCAAUACCAAUGCUUUAAGUGGUCCAUGAACAUCUGGGAGCUGGAAACCAGGCACCUCGCCCUUGUCUUCAUCCUGCUACUGCUGCUCUUCUGCCUACACUCUUCCACAGGCUCUUCUCUGAAAUGGUGUGCUCUGGCUGAUGGACAGCGUUAAACUGGCUGACAAAAUCGGGGAUGCCUAAACUCAGUAAGAGUCUACCAGCACGUUACUGUCCAGUAAGUCUGCUCAGCAGGGCAGCUGGGGAAGGGGCUGCUGCUGGAUGCCUCCUUCCCUUCCUGCCCCGUAUGUUGCACCCACAAAGGAAGGCUCUGAACAGCUGACUCCUCUUUGUGUCAGUACCUGGUGCAGUAAGAGGCAGUACGCAAAGCCACAGUGCUGCAGUCAGAGGCUGCAAAGACUCAAGCCAACAUCACUGCCUGAUUGUGAGCUGUGCUGGUUCCUUCUCUGCAUGCAGGCAGGGUUGUGAUGAUGCCUUAGAGACCCAGCCCGAAACUGAACUCGUAGAGAAGGGCCGGUGAUGGUUUGUGCACCAUCAGUGCUGCAGGAGAUCUUGCACGGCACCCAACCCAUCACCAGGUGGGCUGUGCCUGAGAUACUCCUGUAUGCAGAAACCACAGCUGGAUUUUCUGAUCAGUAUUAUACUUCCUCUUUUCUGCACCUGCAAGAAUUGCUUUCCACUGGCAGCCCCCUGUAAUUGACUUUGUGUUGUCAUUAUCAAUGCAACAGGAAAGCGCCACACAGACCGAAGCUAGUGUGCAAAGAAGGAUGUCUGGCUGCCCAGCCACCUCUAUGCAUGAUGUCCCGUUAGGUCAGACAUCCACCAAACACAAAUGCAAACCACAUUCUGUGAAAGCUAGCAAUCCAGUAAUCAACGUGGAUCACUUUCAAGUCAGUAUUAGUGCCAGAACAGCUAAAAUUAAUUGUAUCACACCUCACGCCAGCAUCAGGUCUCUGGCAGCUUGGGCCCACCCCUAGAAAUGCUAGGCCAGCUCUCUCGGGAGUUGACUGCUUCUUGCUACCUUGGAGUGACUGUAUGAAGGCCUCUGUGUUGCUUGAUGUAAUAGAUGGUGCUGGUGUGGGGUUGCUGGGUGCUGCUCCCAGCCACGUUGCAGCACAGCGCAGCUUCUGGUUUGGAGGUGCUGGGGGAGGGCAUAUAAACCUGUCCUUGUGUCAGUAUUUUGGCUGGAAGGUGCCUGUGCAGGCAGAGGAUCAGCUGGUGUGGGACUUGAGCUGUCUCAGCACGUAGGGCAUCUUCUCUCUGCUGCAGAUAUCCAAAAGUUACAGGAUUUAUUUUAAACCUUUGUGUUCUUUUCUCCUUCCUUACUUCAACUUAACGCCAUGACUGAGAAAUUGUGCCUUUUGCAAUAGAACAAUGCCAGUUCCCUAUGAGAAAAGGCUCUGAAAUUCAAUUCUCAGCUGACACAGCUUGGCCAGCUUCCUGUUCUGCUUGCCUGCUAAUUUGAGCUAGGUGAGUCUAUGUUUUAAAGCAGUCAGCAGAGCCUUCCCAUCCCUAUGGGCAAUUUGUUUUGGUCUUUGACAGAAGUGCUGCGUGGAGAUCUCCAUGAUAUGGCAGAUGUAGAUAGAGGAGGUGAUAAUGAGGGAAGGUGUGGCAGAUAUUACAAGACCAGAUGCAGCUGGAUAAAGGCACUAUUGGGUCACACUCAAAGCCUGAGGCUGACAGAAGUAAGAGGUAUCAGCUUAAAAGGAGAUUUGGCAUCUCUGCUAGUGACAAUAUUUGGUCAUGUCUAGCUUGCAGACGGUCAUAUUAACAGGAGGAUUUGUUAUCCUGGAAGAUAGCAGCCAUGAGCCAUUAGUUCCCAGCUGUGCUUGUCCCUAAUAGGGAACUAAUUGGGGUUUUGCACCUCUCUACCUGCAUCUUUAUGUUCCUCCUCCCUCUGUGUGUCUCAGAUGAAAGGAACUUCAAUUUCUGGUGUGAGAUGUGUGUCCUGCAGUGGCCAUCCUGGCUCGCUGCUGCCUGACAAUCAGCUGUUUCCUUGGGUUUCAGUGACAGGCAUUACAGGUGCUCCCCACACACAAGUGCCAGUGCUUGUAGCUCACUACACCUCCCCGUCUCUCCUCCUCCUCUUCCAUUGCAUCUAACGGCCUCCGUAUGCCCCUCUCUGCCUUAGGUGGCUCUGCCUCUUCUCCCAGAGCUUGAAUGUUUUGCACUUUAUAUCUUCAAGUUGAUCUCAGAGCUCCAGAGGGCCGUGUCAGGAUCCCUUCAGCAAUACGUGCUUCCUUCUGCCGCCUGCGGCUCACGGGGCUAUGGAGAGAAGCAAGUGGUGGGGAGCCAAGGCUGCCAUCACGUUUCAUGUCUGUCAGAGCGUUUGGAAGUCCAGAGGUACCUAUAAAUGUUUAGGAGAAGGCAUCUGAAAGGUGCUUUUGUCUUUUCUUUGUUUCUGCACCUCACUAUUCCAAGAAUGUUCCUCCCCACCCUCCCCAGUUUUUAUUGUCUGCGGUAAAGCAAGCGUUUUACACCACUCACAGUGCUGUAGCCAGAGUGUGUAACCAGAGGACUUAGCUGCUUUGAAGAAUAACUGGGGGAAAUGUUGUCGAGUUACGUUCCAAAUCCAUGCUUAGUGAUUAUCUUCCAAAGGGAGGUGAGCAGCACUGCUCUCUGUGCAGGGCAGCACCCAGAGCUGCGCUGCUCUGUGCAGAAUGAGCAGACAGAAGGACGUGAAGGAAGCUGCCUGGGCCAGCAGCAGCUUUUGGUGGGUUCUGUUUUAAACACAGCCACAGCAAUAAUUCUGUCUUUUGCCUUUUCCACCCUUAUCUGUCCUUCUCUUUCCACGUUCAGACUGUUUGGGUUUUCUGCAGGGCACUGUUGCUCUCAUCUGCUCUGUUUUUGUUGUCAGCCCACAACCGGCUUUCUUGCUGUUAAGAACUCUGGCCAAGUGAUUGAUUUUUGUCUUUGCUGCCUCUUCUGUCCCAAAAUGAUGGGACAGAAGAGCAGCUGAGGUAUAUCCUUAAACUGGAACAAACCUGAAGGGAUGUGGAUGCCGAAGUGUGAUGUAGACCCAGCCAUAUGCCUUGUCUGUGAAGGAACAGCUGUGUUAUAAACGUGGGGUGGAAAACCACCCCAAAACCAGAGAGCUCAGUGUUUGGGGGUUUUGGAGUUGUUGAUUCCCUGUACUUCGCGUACGCGGGAGGUGGGUUCUGUGUGUUUCAUGUUUUAAUAGUUUGCAACUAAUGUUUAUAAAGAGAGCUUGUUAUUUACAUUUUAAGCACUUUAAAAAAAAAAAAAAUAAAAGUUGUUCAAGCUGUUCCUA